GACGUGACGGGGCGCUGCUGCAGCUGGAAGUGGGCGGGGACAGGAGGGAGGGUGAUGCCCAGCAGCAGCAGGGUAACAAAUACUCGCCCCUGAGCUAGAGAGGGGCAGGGGGGCUGCUGUCAGACAAUGAGAGCGCAUUGGGCUCCUAUCUGCCUCUAGGAAAGCAUCAGAGAAGCGGCUCUGACACACGGGCUGUAUAAAUGGACACUGACAUGGAUUACGAAAGGCCCAACGUUGAAACCAUAAAGUGCGUUGUGGUUGGAGAUAACGCAGUAGGGAAGACUCGUCUCAUCUGUGCGAGAGCAUGUAAUACCACCUUAACUCAGUACCAGCUGCUGGCCACUCACGUACCUACAGUAUGGGCAAUAGACCAAUAUCGAGUCUGCCAGGAGGUGCUCGAACGUUCUCGGGAUGUCGUGGACGAAGUGAGUGUCUCUCUUAGACUGUGGGACACCUUCGGCGAUCACCACAAGGACAGGCGCUUUGCUUACGGAAGGUCGGACGUCGUGGUUCUGUGUUUUUCAAUCGCCAACCCGAACUCCUUGAACCAUGUGAAAACCAUGUGGGCUCAGGAAAUCAAGCAUUUCUGUCCCCGUACGCCAGUCAUUCUGGUGGGGUGCCAGCUGGACUUGCGAUACGCCGACCUCGAGGCAGUCAAUCGAGCAAGGCGGCCAUUAGCCAGGCCAAUAAAAAGAGGCGAUAUUUUGCCCCCAGAAAAAGGUCGGGAAGUGGCCAAAGAACUCGGGAUACCCUACUAUGAAACAAGCGUCUUUGACCAGUUUGGCAUUAAGGAUGUGUUCGAUAAUGCCAUCAGGGCAGCGUUAAUUUCAAGGCGGCACCUCCAGUUUUGGAAGUCUCACCUGAAAAAAGUUCAGAGACCCUUACUGCAAGCUCCGUUCCUUCCUCCUAAAGCACCGCCGCCAGUCAUUAAAAUCCCUGAGACCCCUUCAGCCAGUAUGAACGAUGCCGGCGACUUGCUGGACAACCCUUUGUGUUCCGAUGUCUUAUUUGUCCUUCAGGACCAAAAAAAGAUCUUUGCUCAUAAAAUUUACCUUGCUACCUCCUCUUCGAAGUUCUACGAUCUCUUUUUAAUGGAACAUGAAGAGUCCCGCCAUUCCGCCGACAGGUACUGCAAGAAGCUCAACAAGGACUUGCUAAUGAGGACAUUAAGCCUAGAUACGGAUGAGGACGGCGAUGUGGCUACUUUGAAACCGGCAAAUGCCUGUCUACGGACAUCAAGGAGCGACGACACAUUGCUGACGACGGACUUGAGCGAGGACGGGUGCGUCUCUUUGUCUUCUUGGAGUAAGGGGUUCCACAGCAUGUACCAAGAGCUGACGGUCAACCCCGUAUCAAACAGACCUUGUCCAAUGACCGUCAUACGAAUGGAUUCCUCUAUACAGUAUGGGCCUUUCAAAACCGUCCUGAGGUUCCUUUACACGGGACAGCUGGACGAAAACGAAAAAGGUCUCAUGCGAGUGGCACAGAUCGCAGAGAUUCUGGAAGUCUUCGACCUGCGCAUGAUGGUGGAAAAUAUUACAAAUAAAGAAGCCUUUAUGAACCAGGAGAUCACAAAAGCAUUCCACGUCCGAAAAGCAAAUAGGAUAAAGGAGUGUCUUUCCAAAGCCACCUUUUCAGAUGUGACGUUUAAGUUGGAUGAUGGAAGCAUCAGUGCCCAUAAGCCACUACUAAUCUGCAGUUGUGAAUGGAUGUCGGCCAUGUUCGGGGGAUCAUUUAUAGAGAGCGCAAGUAAUGAGGUUGUUCUUCCCAAUGUGAGCAAAGCAUCAAUGCAAGCCAUACUCGAUUACCUAUAUACCAAGCAGCUGGCAGGCACUUCAGAAAUGGACCCCCUUGAGCUGAUCGCAGUUGCCAACAGAAUGUGCCUUCCUCACCUCGUGGCACUUACAGAACAUCAUGCUGUCCAGGAACUGACCAAGGCUGCGGUCAGCGGCACUGAUAUCGACUAUGAAGUUCUCACUUACCUGGAACUUGCUCAGUUCCACAAUGCGCAUCAGCUGGCAGCCUGGUGUUUGCAUCACGUCUGCACCAACUACAACAGCGUUUGCGCCAAGUUCCGCAAGGAGAUUAAAGCGAAAUCCCCAGAAAAUCAGGAAUAUUUCGAGAGACAGCGCUGGCCACCGGUAUGGUACCUGAAGGAAGAGGACCACUACCAACGGGUGAAAAAAGAAAGGGAGAAAGAAGAUCACGCGCUGCAUAAACAUCGCUCCAAACGCAAGUGGUGCUUCUGGAAUUCCUCUUCGGCUGCGUUCGCCUGAGCGAGAAUGUUUGUUUUUUUUUUUUCAAACGAACCCCCGUGUCUUAGACACUCAGACGACGCUGUACAAUAAUUCGGUUUCAAGCACUGAUUUGAACCCACGUGUGCAUUUAUCGUCUACGGAUCAAAGCACAAUUUCAAGUCGACGAAUCGCAACCGCUCGGCCAAUCGGCGGACUUUCGCAUUCAUCGAGGAGCAAGUUUCGCCGCUACUUAACGUAUACUCAACACUAAAUACAGGGAUAUCUAACGCAGGAGGAAGGGGCUCCCAUAAACCUCCGACAAAAGCCAAUACAGCAACCCGUGCUCUCUGCCCCAUUGGGCGCAAACGCUACAGCAACUGUUCCGACUCUGUGCUUACAAGUACGGGUCGAAGUCCAUUGUGACGUCCAACAGUAUUGUCUUAGCCAUGAAAAAGGUCGACAAUCAAGUUUAACAACUGUGUGCGUCGUGUUACAGAGUAAAUAAUCAGCAAAUUGUUACAUUCAGGUACUUUAUUCUGCACUGUCGGGAUGCAACACAAUGCAGAAAAUCGGGGGGGGGCACCUUUUGUACCGGGGGGUGUCAAACCAUUCAGCUAUAACUUCCAGCAUUCUUGAGAACUACCACUCCCAGCAUUCUUAGCCCAGGGCUGUAAGAGGGUGCUGGGAGUUUAUAGCUCACUACAGCAGGUUUGACUCCUUACUUUGUAUUACAAAGCCACCCUUCAAAAAUCUUAUUUAUUCCUAAUCUAUAAUCCACAAUCUGUCAUGUUUUCAUAGUAUAAGUAAUAAUGAUAUACAAAUAUUUAAUAAGGGGGAAAGAAAAAUAGAUUUUUCAUUGGGUCGGAGAGAGAAACUGCAUGGUGGGUGCAACUAAAAAUGUCUCUCUGUACCCACAACUGUUUUAAAGGGCAACUGUCAUGGUGAGAAAAAAUGGUGGUUAAAUGAAUCCGUUUCAUAUUUAAUGACCAUUUUAUUCCUGUUCCAAACACAAGGGACUUCUGCUGUGAUUCCCGGAUGAUGGGAACAGUUGCUUGCAUUAAGAUUUGCUCUGAUUCGCUUAUUUGCAAAACAGCAGAUUUAUUCAACAUCUAUUUGAGUGUAUGGAGCAUCAUUAGAGCUGUGGCAGUUCCCCUUUAAAGGGGCAAUAAUAUACCCCAUGGUUUAGUAUGAGGUUAAUGAAUAGGGGCUUGUGCUGAAAAUACUUUUUACCUGUUGUUUUCAUUGUUAUUUCUUGCACUAAACAGGCCAAACUGGAAGUGCUUUCAUUUUGCAACUUCCUGGUUCUUACGAGCAAUUGUGAGAGGAAGGAAAGACAGUUUAUUCAAAUACCAGUCCACAGAUAAACCCCUGGCAUAAUAAACACCUCCUUAUCUGUAAGCCUGAAACCCAGGCUGCAGCUAGGGGAAGCAAGAGGUUUGUUUAUACAGAGCUCACUAUCUCUGCUUAAACCAACACUGGUGUGGAAGUGAGAGUUAAAACAAAACAACCAGCCGUUAGUGCUUUAUCAUCAAAAGAAUAGGCACAUUUUCUCACUUGCUCAUGUGUAUAGCGCCCCUUUAAUGGAGUAAUACUCUUGCUCUACGACAUUAUUUCCCAGAUACAAACCCAGGCCUCUGCGCGCAAUGCCUACUGUAGAUAGCAGACGUAUACACAUCGAAGGGCUGUAUUCAUAGUGAUAUUCAGUAUUCAGGGCAAACUAACGGACCCCACUUCUAGGCUAUUUCUGUGUUUCUCACUCAGAUACAUAUAUAUAUAUAUAUAUACAGGUGUCUGUGCCUCUUGGUAACGCUGUUGUCUUCCACCGUGUAACACCGUAACUAGCGUUCUGCAUAGUCUCGUGCUCCAGGUUCCCGCUGUAUAAACACUCAUGGGGGUCUCAAUGGUUUCAGGUUCAGCGCUGUAGUACAUAAACUUCCUAUCUAACAAAAUGUGCAAAUGAACCCCCCCCCCCUUUAUUUGUGUUACACACUUAUUCUCUGAAGCGACCACAGAACUUCCUUCCAUGGGCCGAACGGCUUGACACGUGUCAUUUCUCAUUAGAAACCUGUACAGUUUCUUAGAAGGCUUUUCCGGGGAGGGCGAGCAGCGGCGAAUGCAUUCUAGAAUAUUGGUUUAUCUGUGGGGUAAUUAGUGGGGGUGAGGUUUAACGAUCUCCUCUGGCCGAGGUAGAGCGUUGGCUACAGAUAUGGAGAUAGCUUUCCACGUAGAGAGAACAAGUCUAACCCCCAUGUGAAAUAAAAGACACUAAGGAGCAGUAAACCGUAGCAGCCAAUAAGACCACUAAAUUCUACCUGCUGAUUGGUUGCUAUGGGUUACUGCUCUUGGGCAAAAUUAGCACCUUUUUAUUACAUAAACCCUCUAAUCAGAAUAUGCAUUUGGUAACAUCCACAAACGUAUAUGUAAAGGUUUCCAGCCUUUAGAAACUGAUGGCAUCCCUUGGGAACUCUAAUGGGCCCCACAUUGGCCCCACGUAGAAACAGUCCAUGAAUAUAUUUUCUAUAUAUAAUUAUCUAUCUAUCUAUCUAUCUAUCUAUCUAUAUCUAUCAAUGUAAAGGUUUCCAGCCUCUAGAAACUGAUGGAAUCCCUUAGGAACUCCAAUGGGCCCCACGUAGAAACAGUCCAUGAAUAUAUUUUCUAUAUAUAAUUAUCUAUCUAUCUAUCUCCCCAUCUACCUAUCUAUCUAUCAAUUUAAAGGUUUCCAGCCUCUAGAAACUGAUGGAAUCCCUUGGGACCUCCAAUGGGCCCCACAUUGGCCCCAUGUAGAAACAGACCAUGAAUAUAUUUUUUAUAUAUAAUUAUCUAUCUAUUAUCUAUCUAUCUAUCUAUCUGUCUCUCUAUCUAUCUAUCUCCCCAUCUACCUAUCUAUCUACCUAUCUAUCAAUGUAAAGGUUUCCAGCAUCUAGAAACUGAUGGAAUCCCUUGGGACCUCCAAUGGGCCCCACGUAGAAACAGUCCAUGAAUAUAUUUUCUAUAUAUAAUUAUCUAUCUAUCUACCUAUCAUCUAUCUAUCUACCUAUCUAUCUACCUAUCUAUCAUCUAUCUAUCUAUCAUCUAUCUAUCAUCUAUCUAUCUAUCUAUCAUCUAUCUAUCUAUCUAUAAUCUAUAUUUAUUAUACGUAGCAAACCACCUUACUUCCCUGCACACUGAUCCCCACUGGAAACAGCCAUUUUUUGGCUCCCCCCCCAAAGGUACUGAUGUUGGUAGAACCUUAGGUGGACUGGGCAGGAUACGAAUCCCAGCACCCUUCCUCAGUCAAAGGCCGUCACGGGUGCUGGGAGUUGCAAUUGAGCCAUAGCCCUUGUUUUAAUGACAUUAUCUAUAUUGAAAGCCUUAUAUUGGAUAUGCUUAGCUCUAAUGAACCUUUACACAUAUAUUUCUGAAUGUUACCGUCAUUUCAUAUGAACCAAUUUGUAUUUUACCCCCUUAGUGUUCCAUUAAAGGGACAAUAUCCCCCCCAACCCAAAUUAGCCUUAAACUACAGUGUCUCCUAUCUGAGCAUGAUUUAAAAAAAAAAAAAAAAAGCAAAAAAAAUGGGGAAUUUUUAAAGGUAUAUUGAGUUUUUGUUUUUUUAUUUUCAUCAAAGGGUCAAUUUUUCCAUGAUUUUGCUUAUCAGAUGCUUUUUCUAACGCGAGGUGUUGUAAGCGUAUUAAUAUGCCUAAUGGUGUCCGGUCUCGACGAGUCUCAUUAAGCUAAACAGAAAGUCGUUUGUUUGAAUACACUAUCGUAAUGUAUUUGCUGCUAUCGUGUAUAUGUAUGUAUAAAAAAAAAUCUUUUGCACACUUGAAAAAUUAAGGUUUGCUGAGAUGAGAGCCCCUGUGUAAUUUAAAGGUAAUUAAGGCUAACGUUGUCGUGGGAAUAUAGUUUAUAUAUAUAUAUUCCUUUCUAAAUACCUCAGACAUCCUUUAAACAUAAUGAUCUGUAUUUAUCAAAGAAUGCCUGGAAUGGUCACUUCCUGCAACAAAGAUGUUGGAUGGUAAGGCAUGUAUUAUCCUCAAAAAAUGGUUAACUUUUAAAGGGAUAGCGCACAAUGAGAAAAAACGUGUAGCAUAAUGUAGACAGUGAUAUCCUGAGAGAAUUUGCAAUUGGUCUUCAUUUUUUAAUGUUUGCCGUUUUUAAGUUAUUUCAUUUUCUUAAAGCAGUUCUCCACUUUGGAAGUUCAGCCAUUUUUAUUUGGUCGCUAGGGUUGUAUUUAACCUAGCAACCAGGCAGUGGUUGGAAUUAGAGACUGAAAAAUGGAUAGGAGAGGUGCUGAACGGACAGAAAAGUAACAGAAAGUAACAAUACAACUGGACCCUCACAGGGAGCUGCCAUUUUGUGUGCUAUUAAAGGUUCAAUGGAAAUAUCUGUCUGAAGCAAUAACCUUGAUUAAAUGAUUACACAGACCGUUGUUACACUUCUAGGAAAGACAUAGCAACGACUAAAUGUUGUAGAAUGGGGUUUCUUUAUCCUUAAUUAAGGGGGCGGGGUUUCGAUUUAGUCUGUGAAUAAACUAUACCUCCCCCCCAUUUUAUAUUGUAGGAAGUCAGAGUCUUAAAUAACCAAGAGGAAGCACCCAUAGCAACGUGGGGGCCCAUAUUCCGGACCUGUAGGAGUAGAAUGAAUCAGUAGGAACAUUCCCAUUCUUGGAUAAAUACAACUCUUUAUUUGCAGCAGGAAAAUUCUGACGGUACUAAAGCUCAUUUCUAGCCUAGUUCUAAUAAUCAGUCAUUUGUUCAGAACCACCCCCCCCCCCCCCCCGCGCAGUGUGGUAGAUCCCGAGCGAGUUCAUGCCGACGGCCAUGUACCUUUUUCUGUUCUUCAGGUUCUCCGCAGGGUUCCUUAUUGGCAAUGCCAGUAACAUUUAGCAUUGUGGAUACCGGUGCUACCAAACAUACCAGCAACAAUAACCCAGUCUAUGUAACAACUCAAAAAGGUAGAUGGUGUUCGCUGUGGCAUAAAUACUAAACAAAAUGGUGUUUUAGGCAGGAGCGAUGGCCCUUCUGCAAUGGAACAACUGUCACUUUAACACAACCAAAGUUCUGAUCGCAAACUUGCCAAACUGUUACCACAUAUACAGAUGCACCUGGGGUAUAUGCAAUAAUAACCAGUUGUAAUAUUAAUGUCAGUAACCAAGUGGCUGGUUCAUUUGGUUCCUUCAGCCUAUGGCCUUUAUCUUUGUGGUUAUUUUAUGUUUUUUAUUUUGCAAAAAAAAUGAAAGAAAAUGUCAAUAAACCUCUUUUUAAUUAUUA